AUGAGUGAAGACACUAGUUUGAAGCGAAAAUUAAUAGAAGCAACUGAUUCUGUCAGAAAAAAAUUCAACGCCAUCAAAAACAUUCAAAAAAAUGAAUAUUCAAGUUUGGAAAAAAUGUAUGGACCCGUUCUAGAACCAAUUAAUCUUUUAUCGAAAUCAAUCAAAGCAGAAAUGACGGAUCGAAAACAACAACCAAAUUUCCAGCAAAUAAAAAGUACAAUUAAGCAAGACCCAUCGGAAUUUACGGGUGCCGAGACAAAAUUCUCAAACGUUUCGUUACCUGAAAGCUAUGUUUACGACUUACAUGCAAACCCCACAAAAUACGACACAGUUUACGGUGUUCGUAUUGCUACUGGCAUUGACAAAUAUAACUUAUAUCUCGGACAUUCCGAAAUCAGUUUCGCUUCUGGAAAUAUCAUAUUAAGAAAAAAUAAUAAAAAUAUUGGCGUUUUCGAAGGAAAUGAUGAUUUAUACAAUCUACUUUUUCUUAAGGAUCCUCCACAGCUCAAAUAUAUGGAGGACAUAUCUCUCGAAAAUUUGAAGCGAUACACGCAGAUGUUAAAACUAACCAGUGCAGCACAUUUAGAUUAUAACCCAAAAAAAGCUUUGCGGUCAACCAGAAGUGAGAAAUUCAUUAAUCUAAUCAAACCUUUGCUCACUAAAUCAGAAGGAAGAAGGCCGCCCCAAUGCAAAAAGGCGGCGGACAGGAGGGCGAAAGCAGAAGAUGUCGCCCGAACAGAGCAGCAGCAAGAAGCAGCAGCAGCAGCAAUAGCAACAGCAGCAGCAACAGCAACAGCAACAGCAGCAGCAACAGCAGCAGCAGAUACAGCAGCAGCAGCAGAAACAGCAGCAGCAACAGCAGCAGCAGCAACAGCAGCAGCAGCAACAGCAGCAACAGCAGCAUUAGCAACCAGAGUCUGA